AUGUGUGGUGGCCUUAUGCUUUACUUGUUUUCUCCUCUGAGGCUUGAUGAUGUCUUGGAUUCCUUUGCGGAUCGGAUCUCAAGGCCCCGCUUGUUUCUCACUGAUAAACUUCAGAUUGCUCUUGCUGGUGGUUUAAGUCAUGGUGUGGCUCAUGCUGUCUUCUUUUGUUUGAGCCUCUUAACUCCCGCAUUUGGUCCAGCCACAUUCUAUGUCGACAUAUGUUCGAAGGUCCCAUUCUUUCUCGUCUCUGCAACCAUUGCUCUUGCAUUUGUCACGAUCCACACAUUCUCGAUGGUCAUUGCUUUCGAAGGGUAUGCAAAAGGGAACAAAGUAGAUCAAGUUAUAGUUCCAGUCAUACACCUUUUUGCUGGAAUGUUGACAUUGGUGAAUUUUGCAUCGGAAGGCUGUGUGAUCGGUGUUCCUCUUCUUUACCUUGUGGCAUCAUUGACUCUUCUGCAUUGUGGAAAGAUGGUUUGGAAAAGGCUGAUCGAAAGCCGGAACCAAAGUGGCCCGACCUUACGGUGAUCUGGCCACAUGCUCAGUCUUUUAGGCUUUAAUCCUCUCUAAUUGCGUCAAAACUUAAACGUUAUGUCCUUUUAUUCCUUUCUUAACGCAACCACGAUCCUGUAUUGUCGAAAACUUGGACAAAGUUUUAUGUAAUGAGAAAAAGAAUUCUUGCAGAAAAAUCAGUUUAUAACUUAAACAGUGAGAUAUAUAUGGUUUGUUAAUUAGAUGGAGUAAUUAGCUGAACAAUAAAUUAUGCUAAAAUCAGUCAUCCAAAUGGCCUUCCUCACUUAAUUUUAAUGUAUGUGUUUCCAAUUUCUGAAACUGGGCUGGGCUGAUAAUGACCUAUGUUGUUUUUUUUAACGCAGGAUUUUUUUAUAAAUUUUUCAAAAUUUUAUAACUUUCUAUUCGAAAAUAAAUUAUUUUAAAACUAUUUUAUUAUAACUUUUGAAUUUUGUCAUCCGACCCAGACCACUGGUCUAACUGGAUCUAUCCGAUGAUCCAUAUACAUUAUGGUUUGGAUUUAAUGAAAAAUCAAUUAUUUAUAAAUUUGAUAACCCGAUAACAACCUAAACUAUUAGCCCACGAUACGAUACUGGUUUAUCGAUUUUUAAUAGCUUUUUUUUAUAGGACUGGUUUAUCGAUAAAAGCCCAAAAAAUCUGAUAAUAUUUAAAAUAAAAUUUGAUUAUACUUGUUUUAUACUUUUUUUUAAUAUCACACAAAAUUGAAUAAACUUGUAAUUCUUUAGAUUUUGAUUAAAAAUUUAUCACAUCAUCCAAGAAAAACAAAAAAAAAUCAAUAUAGAAAGAAAAAAAGACAAAAAAAUUAUUGAUAUAUCAGUAUUAGUUUAUUUUCUUAUUAAUAACCUUUUAUAAUCUUGUUCAAAUACAUAAUGACAAUCAUUCAUUACAUAAGCAACAAAUUAAUUCACAAUGAUCAUACAUAUCAAACAACAAUAUUAAAGAAUCUCUAGUUGUUUCUCUAAUGCUAUUUUGCAACGAUCUCCAACCAUACUUCAUUUUCAUAUUUUUUGUUUAUUUUGAAGUAAAUUUUGAUUCAAUCCUAUUUCAAUUUGUGUUUCAGAAUGAAGUAAUGAAUAAUGAAAUAAACCAUUAGAGAUACAUUAAUCUAUGUUUCGAGAUGUGUUUUUGAGAUUGUUCUUUGCUAAUGAUGUGGUUUUCAUUUGGCUUUAAUUUAUGUUAUAUUGUAUAUAUAUAUGUUAUUAUAAAAUUUGUUUUAUGUCAAGUUUUGCCAUUAUUUGUGCAAUUUGGUCUCAGCAUCAGGCUCGGUUUUGGGGUGGCUACUCUUUUGUGAUCCAAGGCAUGAAAUGCACAAAAUCUGAACCUGGAAUUUUGUUUGAUCAUCACAAUACAAUGUUAUAUACUCUAGUAACCAACAUGAGUAGUAACACUAUGUUCAAUCUCAUAGAAAUCAGUAUGAGUAAGAACAUGAUCAUUUCAUAGACUCACGAUCUAGAAGAAAAUAAAGAAGCAUUGUAGAUAAAGAUUGCUUUUGAGUCAUCAUUCAACGAUUGUGUUUCUUUAUGGUGCGGAACCGAUCUACCCAUCGAGAGUAUCGUGCUGUUUUGAUUUCAAGAAGAUCAAUGGUAUCCGACGUAGCAUGGUCCGAUGAGGAAUUUUUUGCAAUGAGCUGAGCCAAACUACCCAAGGAGCUACGCUGAAAUUAUUGUGUUGUGUAAAACAUCUUCUGAUGUAAAAUCGAAGAUCAACGAGCAUAUGCUUGCAGCCAUUAUUACUACCGAUGGAUCAUUAGCACCACUUGCCCAACACCAAGACUUUCAGUAGAAGUGAAGGGAGAUGAAACCCCAUCUGUUGAAAUCGGUACGGUUCACGACGAUAGUGAUGAUUUCGAGGAGCAUCUUCACGACUAUGUUGUUGACGUUGGUUCUGAUGGUGAUGGCGUUGACAUAGGAGUAUCUCGUGAUUUUGGAGAGUACCAUCACGAUGAUGGUGAAAGUGUUCAUACUCUUGCUGUACAUGCCCCCUAUGAAGAUGACCAAGGUCCUGGACCCUCUCAGCGAAGACCCAUCGGUGACUACAUUGACAUGUUUCAGAUGAUACACACUCAUUACCCAGGACUCAUGUCCAGCCUGUGCCUUCCAGAAGAUGAUCUUCUUACGUUUGAUCA